UUGGUUUUUACUUUCUCCGGGCAAAUUGCAGCAAGUUACACAGUCGGGCUCCCCCUUCUCUUUCUUCCCAGCGCCGGAGUCAGUAUGCCAUCCCCCACUGUCUAGCUGUCUGCUGCACUUAAAUAAAUAAAUAAAGGAAGAGAUAAAGGGCAGCCCACCCUCACGGCGUGGAAGUUAUCACUAAUGGGAUUGAAGUUCAAUUUACUGCUCAAGGGAAAAUUGCAGUUCAGUGAGACGCAAUCGUGGAGCUGAUCGUUGGUGGUCCUAGCGCGGGGAUGAUUAGGAUUUUCCCGGAUUUCAGUGUACAAGUAACGGCAGCAACUGGUGGAGGAGGCGGCGCUGUUACUGCUGCACCUGGUGUGGGAAGAACUGCCGCCGCCGCCGCUGCUGCUAAUGGGACACCCCAGAACGUGGGGCUCACAACCUACCAACAACGAGGACCUUCAUUCUGCUACCAAGCUUCAGUCAUGCCAAGUUUACAAGCCUUGCGAAAGGAGAAAUCUCGAGAUGCUGCUCGAUCACGCAGAGGAAAGGAAAACUUUGAGUUCUACGAAUUGGCAAAACUACUGCCUCUCCCAGCAGCCAUCACUAGCCAAUUAGAUAAAGCAUCAAUAAUUCGUCUCACCAUUAGUUAUCUGAAAAUGAGGGACUUUGCAAACUUAGGUGACCCGCCCUGGAAUUUGAGGAUGGAGGGACCCCCACCUAACACAUCCGUGAAAGCUUUAGGAGCACAACGCAGAAGGAGUCCAAGCUCCAUGGCCAUUAAUGUGUUUGAACAGAAUUUGGGAAGUCAUAUUCUACAGUCUCUGGAUGGAUUUGUAUUUGCAUUAAAUCAAGAAGGAAAAUUUUUAUACAUCUCUGAAACUGUCUCCAUCUAUUUGGGCCUUUCGCAGGUGGAACUGACAGGCAGCAGUGUGUUUGAUUAUGUCCACCCUGGAGACCAUGUGGAGAUGGCAGAGCAGCUGGGCAUGAAACUUCCCCCAGGGCGAGGCAUUCUCUCACAGGGUACCGCAGAGGAUGGAGCCAGCUCAGCAUCUUCGUCCUCACAAUCUGAGACCCCUGAGCCAGUAGAAUCUACCAGCCCAACUUUGCUGACUAUUGACAACAGCUUGGAACGAUCAUUUUUUAUAAGAAUGAAGUCAACACUGACCAAGAGGGGAGUUCAUAUCAAAUCAUCAGGCUAUAAGGUCAUUCAUAUAACUGGACGGUUACGGUUGAGAGUUUCUCUUUCGCACGGACGUGUGCUCCCUACUCAAAUCAUAGGUCUAGUAGUUGUGGCUCAUGCUUUGCCUCCUCCUACUAUUAAUGAAGUCAGGAUUGACUGCCAAAUGUUUGUCACCAGAGUCAAUAUGGACCUCAAUAUUGUUUACUGUGAAAACCGGAUUAGCGACUAUAUGGAUCUAACUCCUGUAGAUAUUGUGGGUAAAAGAUGCUAUUACUUCAUUCAUGCUGAGGAUGUAGAAGGAAUCAGACACAGUCAUUUGGAUUUAUUGAACAAGGGCCAAUGUGUAACUAAAUACUAUCGCUGGCUGCAGAAAAAUGGAGGUUAUAUUUGGAUCCAGUCCAGUGCUACUAUUGCAUUCAAUGCAAAAAAUGCCACUGAGAAAAAUGUCAUCUGGGUCAAUUAUGUUCUAAGUGACUUUGAAUAUAAGGACAUCCCAAUGGAUAUUGCACAGCUUCCUAAUCUUCCUGAGAAAACCUCUGAAUCAUCUGAGACUUCUGAUACCGAAUCUGAUUCAAAAGAAAACUCAGGUAUUGCUGAGGACAAUGAGAAUUCCAAGUCAGAUGAGAAGGGAAACCAAUCUGAAAAUAGUGAUGAUCCAGAGCCAGACAGGAAGAAGCAGUCUGGGAACCACUCGGAUCAAGAAAUGAACUGCAAUGAUGACGACAAUAGCUCCAGCAACCAGGACAGCAGGGACAGUGAUGAUAGCUUUGAAAAUUCAGACUUUGAGAGUCAGAAAGCAGCCGAGGACAACUUUGGCACUUUUGGUUCUAUGCAGAUCAAAGUAGAACGAUAUGCAGGCAGCGAAUCAGAGAUGCGCUUGCCAAACCGUGAAUCAGUGACCUCAGACAGUGCCAAGGAUUCAGACAGUGCAGGAGAGGUGAACAUUCAGUCUUCCAGCAAGCACCAGAAGAGGAAGAAGAGGAGAAAAAAACAAAAAGGAGGCAGUGUUACACGUAGAAGGCUGUCAAGUGCUUCGAGCCCGAGUGGACUUGACUCAAACAUAGUAGAUCAGCCACAACUGUUGUCUUCACCAAACAGUGCCUCAGUGCUUAAAAUUAAAACAGAAAUAACAGAACCUAUAAAUUUUGAUAAUGAUAGCAGUAUUUGGAAUUACCCUCCUAACAGAGAGAUCUCAAGGAAUGAGUCCCCUUAUAGUAUGACCAAGCCCCCAAGCUCUGAGCACUUCCCCUCUACACAGGCCAGCACUAGUUUACAUGUCACCAUUCCAGACUCUGUUCUCACCCCACCAGGGACGGAAAGUACUGCCAGUCGUAAAACUCAGUUCAGCGCCUCAUCUAACACUACCUUAGUUUCAGUCACAGACCCUCUGUCUCCUCCUCUGUCAACCUCCCCACGAGACAAGCAUCUUAGCAGCACCAGUACCACUAGUUCUGUGCUAUACACCAGUGAUCUAGAAACACUGCAGAGGUUACAGGCUGGUAAUGUGGUGCUUCCCCUAGUUCAUAGGGUGACAGGAACUCUAGCCGCCACCAGCACUACUCCUCAGAGGGUCUAUACCACUGGCACCAUUCGAUAUGCCCCAGCUGAGGUGACCUUUGCCAUGCAGGGCAACUUGCUGCCUAAUACUCAUGCUGUCAAUUUUGUAGAUGUUAACAGUUCCAGUUUUGGGUUAGAGCCCAAGACGCCAAUGGAAAUGCUUUAUCACCAUGUACAUCGAAUUAAUAUGUCAGGGCCAUUCGGGAGCACUGUGAGUGGGGCCAGUCUGGCCCAAAUGCCUGCAGGAAAUGUGUUCACAACAGCAGAGGGACUCUUUUCCACACUUCCGUUUCCUGUGUACAGUAAUGGCAUUCACACCACACAAUCGUUGGAACGUAAAGAGGAUUAA